AGGGAGAAGGGAGCUGGAGGGCGAGCGAGGGAGUGUAGGAGAGAAGGAUAGGGUCCCAGAAGAGAGCACACACACACACACACACACACAAGCGCACAUACAGAUUUAUGCUGGCUCCUGAUAUCCUUCCUUUUUUUGGGAUGUGGAUUAUUUUCCAAAUUGAAACUCUCAUCGACUAAAUUCAGGCAUGAUCAGGUGGCAGUGUGCUGUACCAGUAUUGAACUGUGAAAUGAACCAUGGAGGGGUGCAGGAGGCCCGUCACUAGCCGAGCCAGCAGCCCAGGGAGGCCCCGCAGCAUGCAGCUGGGCCCUCACUAGCACCAAGUGGACCUGGUCCUCUCCUCUUCACCUUGGGGCCAGGGCUGCAGAAUGCUCAGUCCUGUCACCCCUUACAGUCUGUUGAAGAUGCACUGGUCUCCGGAGCAUGCUGCCCCCUUAUCUCAGUGGCCUGAGCAGCACCUAGAUGUCACCUCUACCACCUCGCCACCGUCUGCCCAUAAACACGAGCCCUAUUCUACAGCUGGUCGCCGCAGCUUUGCCCCUGGUGGUUAUCCAUGGGCUAGUGAUGACAUAUCAGCCCUAACGGCUUCUUCUCUGCUCAAACGAUAUGCUGAGAAGUACUCAGGCUUGGAGUUGUCCUAUGAUCGCCCUGCUGCAGGGGCUUACUCAGAGCCUGGGACAUUCUUGAAAACUGAAUCUGAGCCAUGGGCUCUGGGUCAGGGCAUGGAGUGUUACCCUGGACUGGAAGCAUUGACUGGCAACAAGGUGGGCACUGCAUCUGUUGGCAUCCCGGCCACAGGAAGUGUUACAGUAGUAAGUAGUAACUUGGCCACUGAGCAGGGCUACAGUGGUGCUGGCUCCUGCAGUACCCCGUCAUCUCAGGAAUACCCUCCUGCCUACAACACUACAUACCUGUCCUCAGGAUACUGCCCUCAGCCAAGUGCAGCACUUCCCCCUGGCCCUCUGCACCCUUUGCAGGCCGCACCCACUUUAGUGCCCAGCUACAGCGCUAGCAGUCCUGUAUACAACUACCCUCCAGGGUGCUACCCACAAGCCACCCUAUCCUCAGGAUACAGCCAUCCCAGUGCCUCUUACCUGCCCCCUGGGAUUAGUGCACCCACGCCUCUGGCCCCAAGGCCUACCAUGGUGGGGGGCAGUUAUAGCUACCCAUCUCACAGUCUUGGAGGAAGCUCUGAAGCUGGGGUGCCACUGAAACGCAAGGCCUUUGAGAUGGCAGAGGAAGGACAGGAGGGAGCAGAGGUGGAGGGAUCACGCUAUAGAAAGUAUAGCAAUGGCCAUGGAAAUAGUCAUAGCAAAGGUCACGGUAACGGGAACAGCAAUGGUUUCGAUAUGAGCAGCCCUGCCACAGAUCCACAGUCCUACAAACCUGGAAAGCCCCUGAUGUCACCCCCUUAUGGUGGGGCGAGGGACUACAGCCCACCGUCUGGCCUAGCAGGAGAGAGUGUGUCAGCGGAGCACAACUUUUCUCAGCAACAGAGAAUGCCUAUGAAGAUACCUGCAUCUCACACACGAUCUGAGGACCCGAGUGGAGGUCACUGACAACCCUGACCAGCAUCCGCGGAAAUUCUCUCACUCUUUUAAACCAAUCAGGGUCUUAUCCAAGACAAACCAAAGGGGAAAAAGAUUUGUCAAUGCAAGGUUUAAUUUUACUUCUGAGCAUCAGAGGCACUAGAGAGCUUUCUUGUGCAUUUUUAACAUGAUCAUUAUUGUUGUUUUUCCAAAGAUUCACGGGAGCAUUAUGCCCUGGAAGGUUAAGGUAAAUCUUAGGGAUGAGGUUAAGGCAUUCUGUACAGAGACAGUGUUAAAAAUGUCAAAAUGGAUGAAUGCCAAUCUCAGGAUCCUAUUUAUUUCCUUCUGGCUACUUUGGCAGACGCACUGCAACAUACUGUAGCUGGUUUGGAGGUUGGUGUAAUUACUUGUAGCCAAUGUGUGUGUUAAAGGCCCUUGACUGCAAUAUGCAUAUCUACAAAAAUCAUUACUGACCAAAAAGUAAGUAGAGCAAUAACUGACAUUGUGCGACUGCCACUCCUCCAGAACAAUCACUGCUACUUUUCACAGCUGAUUCCUAGGCUUCGUGCAAUACUUGGCCUUUGGGAAUGAUACAUUUCCUGCUUAUCCAACAUUUUCCCUCUGCCUUAACUCUGUGCUUUAUAUUCAUUUUCCUUUACCCCCCCUUGUUUCAUGUUCUCUAUCCAAUUCUAUCACGGUUUUUGCUUUUUUUUUUAUGGAUGAACAACCUUUUCGUCCAGUUUACACAUACUAAGCUGCUAAUCAAGUAACAUUUUUACACAGCAUCUUUGAAGCAACCCUUUAAAGUGUUUUGACAAAUGUUGUUUACAUAGGCUUCUGCUAUACUCCACACACAAGCAGGUAUCUUUUCUGAAGAAUCUGCAAUAGUGUUGCUGGUCAAGCCUUUGUCUUGUCUUUUCUAAUCAACGUAUUACAAGAAAUAGUGACUACACAAGUCUACAAAACAACCAAAAAGAAAGUUAAAAGCUUUACUCUUCAUACUGAUAAUACUCACUCAGAGCAAACAAUAGGGUUGGCAAGAUUGUUGCUUCUGUUGGAUGCACAAACCAGACUGAGAAGCAAGCAGGUUGCAGUGGAGGAUUAAGUUUUAUGAAGAUAUGCUUGCUUGUCUGAUAGGUUUUACUUGUUUUUUUCUUGUUUUUUAUGCAUUCAAUUUUCAUUUGCCUCUAAAAGUGAGAUAAAUAGUUAUAGUGUUAUUGAAUACUCAGGAAGAAUAUCGUUACCUCAGAAUGAUAAAAAGAAUGUAUGUUAUUACCUUAGGGUGUUUUUAGGGAGCUUUAUGGAGCAAGAUAAAUAUGGAGCCAUGGCUUUAUUAAGAGCAAGACACACUCUGAACGCUUCAGGGAAACAAAGAACUUAAAAGGCCUUCAAUACAAACAAAAGACAUACAUAAACAUGUACACAUGCAAGCAACCACACACGCACACACAUAAGAACACAUAUACACACACACACACACACACACACACACACACACACACACACACACACACACUGCUUCUUCGCUCUGGGGACUUAAACUUGAGGUUUUUGUACUAAGGCCUGAAAUGUUGAAUGUAAUUCAGAUAUUUUUUUUAAAAGGACAAUACAUGCCAUAAUGUACAUCAAUGAUGUUUUAGAUAUAUGAAACCUAUUUUCUUCAUGUAUAGAUGUAAUUCACUUAUAGGUUUCGGUGAAGAAUGAAUGACAUGUUAAGUGUUAGAGUAGUUAGUGGGGAAACGGUUUUGUGGACAAACUGUCAAACAAAGCACUCCUGAUAUACAACUUUUGAUGUGACAUAUCAAAAUAUACACAAACUGCAGUUUUUGCUCUGUUCUAAGUUUGUUUAGUAAAUGUCUUAAUAGUCCAACUUCCAUCUUUCGUAUCAGUAUUUUGAAUCCUCCUGACCCAGUGGCACCAGUCUAUAAUGUUGAAAUGAACUCCAACAUGUAUUGGCAUCAUGAAAGAGGAAGAAGUUCAAACAAGUAUGUGCACUGUCAGAAAACAUGAAGAGUUACAACUCUAAACCUUCUACUGAGUUGUAACUUUGAGUGACUUAUAUGCCAUCCCUUCUUAGUUUUGCCAUACUGACGCAUUUCAGCAAAUUAUCCCUUUGGGGAAUUAAACAAAUAAUAAUAAUAAAACUUGCCUAAAAACUUGCCCAGGGAGCACGUCCCCUUUAGUAGUCAGAUUUAGACUGAAAUGCAGCUUCAGAUUUCUGAAAUUCUAUGAUUAACAAUUUUAUUGAUGCCUCCUUAUAAAUAAAUAUAAGCACAUUCAUAUAAUUAAACGUACUCAGAAUGUUGUUGAGUAUGGAAAAAAACACCUUGAUGCUGAAGAGCACAUACAGAUAAUGAGUAGGAGUUAAUACAAUAAGAAUGUAUUCUUACCCCCAGACUUUUUAAGUAUGUAAGCGCUUAUCUACAACAAUUGAAUGCUCUUCAGCGUGCACAAAGAAUGCGCUCUACUUUAAACAGAUGUACUGCAAGAAAGGAAAGUGUUUGCUUUUUCUUGGUGUUACUCCGAUUCAUUAAAUUAGGUGGAGUUGAAGAUGUCCAACACAUGGAAAAUGGCAUGUCAGUGUUAUUUCUGUACUUCAGUUGUACUUUUCUCGUUUCUUGUACAUUCUCUGUAACCAUUUCUACCUCAUUUUGACAUCGUACAUGGAAAUAUUUAUUUCAUGUCAUUUUACAUGCUGGUUUAAGGAGCAAUGUUUCUAAUUCUUGACCUGUAAUAGUCUACCUCACUAAAGGGUUGUUGUGUCAUGGAAAUGAAGAUAUCACACCAAAAACAAAA